UGAAGCAUUUUCUUGAGAGUUUUAUGUUCACAGAAAGCCAUAAACCUUACAUUGCAAUGCUCUCUAUACAAUUUGUGUAUGCUGGUAUGGCUUUGUUUUCAAAGGCAUCUAUUGACAGAGGAAUGAACCCUUACAUUUUUGUGGUUUAUCGGCAAGCAUUUGCUUCACUUGCCCUGGCUCCAUUUGCUUUCUUCUUCGAAAGGAAGAAGGCACCUCCACUAUCAUAUAUCCUACUGUGCAAGAUCUUCUUGGUUACUUUAUGUGGGCUUACACUGAGUCUGAAUCUAUACUAUGCUGCACUCAACUUCACCUCUGCAACAUUUGCUGCAGCAACGACCAAUGUAAUUCCUGCCAUAACCUUUAUUAUGGCUGUCUUAAUGAGGAUGGAAAAGCUAUCUGUGAAGCAUCUGUAUGGGGUGGCGAAGGUGUUGGGAACAGUGACAUGUGUUUCUGGGGCUUUAAUAGUGGCUUUGUACAAGGGUCCUUCUAUUAAGUUUAUGAAUUGGUAUCCAUCCUCAAUUCACACACAAGUUUCACAUUCAUCUCUAAUCAAUAGUACUAGUCCUAAGAUGGAGUGGAUAAAAGGGGCUCUUAUCAUGCUUUCAGCUAACACAGCUUGGUCAUUGUGGCUUGUUUUGCAGGGGCCCAUUAUGAAGAUAUAUCCAGCUAAACUACGUCUUACUAAUCUGCAAUGCGCCUUCAGUUGUAUUCAAUCAGCAAUCCUGGCCGUAAUUCUCAACAGAAAUAAUCCAUCUUCAUGGAAGCUUGGGUGGGACGUUCACCUUCUUUCAGUGGCCUAUUGUGGUAUUAUUGUCACUGGGAUUACGUACUGGUUACAAGUUUGGUCCAUCUCUAAGAAAGGACCUGUUUUCACAGCACUGUUUACUCCACUUGCACUGCUUAUAACAGCCAUCUUCUCUGCAUUCAUGUGGAAAGAGACACUCCACUGGGGAAGUGUUGGUGGGGCUAUAUUGCUGGUGGUGGGUCUCUAUAGCGUUUUGUGGGGGAAGAAGAAAGAGACAGAGAAAGAGAAAGAGAAAGAGAAAGAGAAAGAGAAAGAGGUGGAAACAAGUGGAACAAAUGAACCAAGAAAACAAAAUGAAGCCAAAGAAGAAAUCAGACUGGAGUGCAUCACACAUCAGUGAUAUAUCGAUCGAGUUGACUAAGGAAUCAUAUAUACCCCAAAUCAUUUUCUCUAUCGAGA